AUGCGUUCCCCGGCGCCACGCAGUGCUCGCGCCGCCCCGGGCGGCUCGGGCGCCGCCUCCACGGCCCCCGGCGCCGCCCCCGGGUCUGGAGGCGGCGGCUCGGCGGCAUCGGGAGGCGCUGCGACGCCGCCCCCGCCCCCAGCAUCGUCAUCCGCCGGCGCCGCUGCGUCCGCGGCGGCCGGAGGCGGCAAGAGGGGCCCAGGGGCGGCUCUGCCCCCACCGCCCCCCAGCAAAAAGAGGAAAGUGGUCAUGUGCUCCAGAAAAAGAGAAUUUUUCAUCACUGAUGAAAGUGUUACGCAGAUUUUGGAGGCUUGCGGUAGUGAUGACGAAGAUAAUCUGUUACUGGAUGAAGAAGAUAAAAUUUUUCUUGAAGGAGAUAUGGAAGAUGAAAGAGAACAUGUUAUUAUAGAAGAUGUUGAAAAAGAAAUUCGUAGUCCACCUAGCAAAAGAGGGCAUACAGACGAAAUAUCAGAACCAAAUGCCGAGGUACCUGACACCCUUCCAGAUUUGCCAAAAUGUAAAUGCUUCAGAACUUACCAACCAAGACAGUUCAGUGAUAACAUGAAUCAUGAAUUUGGGAAAGUGCUUUUGUUCAGUGGCUGUGAAAAUCGUGAAAUGGCACAGCCAUUUGAAAGUUUUUCUUCCACUAUUGGCCUAAAAGAUUUGGUGCAUGUUAUAUUAAUUCCUGAAAGUAUUCGGUAUGCAGAACAAUCAGGCAACGCAUUCAGCACAAAUGAAGAAGAAAUCAAGGCAUUUCUUGGUAUGAACCUGACUGUGGAGGCAGCGAAGAAGAAAGCGACCGCCCCCGCGGUGCGAAAGCUGAUAGCCAAGGUGGCGGCCACGGCAGCCGCCAAGGGCGCCCGCAAGGCCAAGCCGCCCCCGCCGCCCCCGGCCAAGAGGCAGGACCGCCAGAGGACGGCCGCCGCCCCCAGCAAGCAGCAGCCGCAGUCCAAGAGCCCCAUCAGGAAGCAGGCGCCGAAGAAGCAGGCCGCCGAGGUGAAGAAGCCAGCAAAGGCAGUGAAGGUGGUGUCGGCGGUGGCGCCCGCCGCCAAGAGGCGCGGCCCGCCGGCCAAGCGGGGGCCGGCCGGCGCCGCCGCCCCCGUGAGGAAGCCGCAGCAGCAGCAGCAGGCUGGCAAGGCGACCGCCAAGCCGGGCGGACCCAAGAAGAAGAAGCAGGCGGCCGCUUCCAAGGAGGAGCCGAGGCCGGACGCUGCGGACCAGCACGCCCCCGAGGCGCCUCCGCCCCCAGAGGCCAAGCCUGCGGGACCGGAAGUGGCCGCCCCCGCCACUGCCGCACCGGAACCGCCGCCGCGUUCUCCGGCUUCUCCCGCGUCCAGAAAAUCGCCAUCCAGUCCGCACCAGGCUGUCCUGGAAGGCUGCCCCGUUCCGUCUGACGGAGCGGCUUCUCCCAAAUCGCCUCCCCUCCUUUUACCCCCGCCGGCCAGCCCCGGUGACAGUUCGAAGCCCAAAGGGAAGGACAGCUCUGAAGCGAGAGCCAAUCAGACAGUCCCUUCUGGGAAGUCGGCUCCAAAAAACGCCGCCUCCGCUAAAGAUAGCGCCUCUAGAAUCGAAAAAGUCUCUUCGCUGUCAAAGACUUCGGCAGCAGACAAGGCCGCCCCACCGAAGUCGCCGGCUCCGGAGCGGUCUGCCCCGCAGAAGGGCUCCGGUGACAAACUUAGUUCUUCCUCCAAAGUCGCGGAGAAGAUUAGCAGUCAGUUGCGUAGCUCGACGCAAGACAAGACCAAAGUAGCGCCCGCAGAGAAGUCGGGGAAGAGCUCCCCUUCGGACAAGCUGGGGACCAAAUCCCCCACGGCGGACAAAACCGUCUCGCCUCGAGUGUCCCCCACGACAGGUGUCGCGUCCCCGAAAUCGCCAGCCGCUUCUUCGAAUAAUCCACCUUCGCCGGCUAGCGACGCCGGGAGUAAGAAUGCGAAAGAGCCCCCUCGCGAGGAUCCCGCGAGACGGUCCGCAGCUGCGGAGACGGGCGCAGCUCCGGCCUCGCCGUCGGGUGCCACCUCCGGCGAUAAGUCGAAAGAGCAGCAGUGGGCGGACGCCGUCCACCUUCCAGAGUCACCCAACAGGACGAGGAAGUCCGGCGAGAGUGACGGGAGCGUGCCCAAGGCGACGGCUACAGUGGCGACCAACACCUCACCGACGACGUCGAGGAAGUCCGCGGAGACUGUCGGCGCCAGGAACAGUGGCGGGUCCUCACCGAGGACGGUGGCCUCGGCGUCGACCAACACGGCGACCGGGAAGAGGUCGCCCAGAGAGGAGCCGGCUGCCGCCACUGGCAAGUCGACGGCCAAUGCCGCCACCAACACGGUGCCCAAGAAGAAGUCCCUCUCGUCGGCGACGAGCGUGGCGGUGCUGGCGAAGAAGGUGAAGAGCCGGGCGGACGUGGGUAUGCUGGCGCGGCCGCAGCUGCCCGGUACGGCCCCCUGCAUCCAGGAGCUGCUGCUCAUGGCCACGCAGGCCAUCAGUGCGUACACCGAGGGCGACGACGAGGACGAGGACGACGACGACGCGGGCUGCGGCGGCGCUGCCGCCAGGGGCGGCUCCAAGUCGUCGUCCAGCGACGCCGGUGGCAGGGCCAAGAGGUCGGACAGCAGCGCCAGCGACGGGGAGAGGAAGAAGCAGAAGAAGAAGACCAGGAGGAAGAAGAUGCUGCUGCUCGCGUCCGACUCGAAGAACGCCGCCGGCGGGGCGCGCACUAGUGCAGCCGGCGGCGCCGAGUCGCGCUCGCAGUCGUCGUCUCCCACCGGCAGCCCCUUCGGCAGCCCCGGCGGCAGCUGCAAGCCCGCCUCCAAGAAGAGCGAGCUCAAGGACAAGAUCAUCGCCAAGAUGGUGGCCAAGAAGGCAGCGUCGCUGCUGGGCGCGGCGUUCGCCAGCAGCAUCAAGAAGGGCCGGCAGGAGGAGAGCGACGGCGCGCCGGGGCAGGUCGAGCCCCUGGAGUACCCCGCGGUGGAGGAGGCGGAGGGGGCGGGGCCUAAGUCGACGUCACCUGCCCACACUGCGGGCGCCAGCCCAGCAUCGCAGGCAGCCGACCCUCAGUCUCCUGCAGAACCUGAGGACCGCAAGCCCACAGCUGCCGAGGUAAGGUCCACUGCAUUACGUCAGCCGUAA